UCUCUGUUUAUGUUGCUGUACGUUGUGCGUAUAUUCUGGUAUUAUUUACUUUUUCCUUUUUCUUAGCCUCAUCACUUUUCAAUCCCCUCAUCAUUCAAUUCAAUUCAAAAUCACCAUCACUUUCUUUCUUCUUCUUUUUCCUUUUCAAUCCUCCCUCAUCAAUCUCAAUCACCACCUAAUUUUCCUUAAUCUCAUUCCAAGCUACCUUCCUUUUCUUCGUUUUUUCAAUUGCUUAAUUCAACUCCUUUCCUUAAUUGCUGAUUAGUUUUUCUCAUUUAUACCUUACUCAGUUUCUUUAUUUGAAGAUGGUUUUGGGAAUAAGAACUAAGAAGAGUAAAAAAGCGCUUUCGAAUUCGAUUCAACUUCAUUACAUUAUUCAUGUUUACGAGAUCAAACCAUGGCCGCCUUCACAAUCACUCAGGUCUGUUCAAUCUGUGCUCUUGCAAUGGGAGAACGGUGACCGAAAUUCCGGCUCUCUGGCCUCCUCUAGUAUUGGCAGCGGGAAAAUUGAGUUUAAUGAACCGUUCAAGCUUUCGGUGUCGAUGAUUAGAGACGCGAAGAAGGAGAAGUUUAAGAAGAAUUAUUUGGAGUUUCAGUUGUAUGAUAGGACAGUGAAGAGCCAGCUUAUAGGUUCAUCUGCGGUGAAUUUUGCGGAUUUUGGGAUUAUUAAGGAGGCUAGAGCGAUAUGUUUUCAGUUGAAUUGUAAGAAGAGUUUUAAGAGCUCGGUGCAGCCGUUGAUGUAUGUUAGUAUUCAGCCGUUUGAUGAAGAGUGUUCGAGCUCAUCGCCAAGUAGCAAUUUGUCGAAAGAGUUGUCGAUGGAAAGGGAAGAGAGGGAAUCUGUGUCACAGUCAAUUAAAGAUGAUGAUGAUGAUGAGGAUGAUGACGAUAAUGAUGAUCUUGAAAUUGCUUCUUUUACUGAUGAUGAAACUGAUGACAUUGCUUCAGAUAAUUUGCAAACUUUCAGAUCAGAUUCGAAGACUAUAGAAGGCAGCAGCAAAAUUGUUGAAGGAGGAACAAAGGGAACUAAUGGAGAAUAUAUUCUACCAUCAGAAAUUAUCACGUCUAGCUUACAUGUAAACUCAAAGGCUGAAUCAUCCUCACAGAUCAAUGGCGUCAAAUCUCCCUCUUCGUCUCCGGUUCUGCGCUCGGGUAACGGAAAUGUUGAAAAUGGUAGGCCUUCUUCACCUAAAAUUUCUAAGAGAAGUGUCAAGGCUGCUGAUGCAAGUUCUCAAAUUCAAGAAAGGAUUCAAGAAUCUCCCUCUUCAUCUCCAGUUCUACGCUCAGGUAUCGGAAAUGUUGAAAAUGGUAGGCCCUCUUCGCCUAAAAUUUCUAAGAGAAGUGUCAAGGUUGCUGAUGCAAGUUCUGAAAUUCAUGAAAGGAUUGAACAAUCUUCCUCUUCGUCUCCGGUUUUACUCCCGGGUAUCGGAAAUGUUGAAAAUGGUAGGCCUUCUUCACCUAAAAUUUCUAAGAGGAGUGUCAAGGUUGCUGAUGCAAGUUCUGAAAUUCAUGAAAGGAUUCAACAAUCUCCCUCUUCGUCUCUGGUUUUACGCCCGGGGAUCGGAAAUGUUGAAAAUGAUAGGCCUUCUUCACCUAAAAUUUCUAAGAGAAGUGUCAAUGUUGCUGAUGCAAGUUCUGAAAUUCAAGAAAGGAUUGAACAAACUCCCUCUUCGUCUCCGGUUUUACGCCCGGGUGUCGGAAAUGUUGAAAAUGGUAGGCCUUCUUCACCUAAAAUUUCUAAGAGAAGUGUCAAGGUUGCUGAUGCAAGUUCUGAAAUUCAAGAAAGGAUUCAACAAUCCCGUUGGCAAGAUAUUUCUGUUGAUAGGUUCAAAGCCGUAUCUCCAUCUUCAAACAUUCCAUCAAGUACGAGACCACAUUUUGAAACAUCUUCCCAAUCUCAAGUGCUACCGGAGGAUAGUGUAAGUCAAGAAGAUAGCACAGAAAACAGGAGAUAUAAAGGAUAUGUUCCCAAGAAAGUUGGCAGUGUUUCUAACACUAGUGUGAUGGAGGACAAAGAGAAAAAGGAAAAGGGAAGAAAAGGACGAGAACAAUUCACUGGGAGUAAUGGAAAUUUUGAAAAUGUGCUUGACAAUAAUUUUUCAGAUGAUGAAUCUACAAGGACAAAAAAAUUAAAUACUGAUUCUCUUCUGCUAAGUAAAAAAUUACAUGAACGACCAAUAACUUUUGUGACAAAUGAGAAAUCAGAGGAUAUGAGAAGUAAAAAGUUUCCCUUACAAACUACUGAGAGCUAUGGGCAGUACAUCGGGAGUCAGAACCUAGAUCAGGAAGAGAAAAUAAAUACUUUUAAUGGUGCUCAUGUUGCUGCUGCUUGUCGUAAAGAUAUUAAUGUGAAUGGUAGUUCUUUUAUUGAUAAUUCUGAAUUGAAGGCCGAAGUUGAACGGCUUCGUGAAGAGUUGAGAGAAGCUGCUGCUCUUGAAGCUUCAAUGUACUCAGUUAUUGCUGAACAUGGCUCAUCAAACAAGGUUCACGCACCUGCUCGGCGCUUGUCUAGAUUCUAUUUCCAUGCUCGCAGAGUUGGCUCCCCUGCUAAAAUAGAUAAUGCAGCCCAGAGCGUUGUCUCGGGAUUUGUUUUGGUUUCCAAAGCUUGUGGAAAUGAUGUUCCAAGGUUGACAUUCUGGUUCUCAAACCUACUAUUGCUAAGAGCAAUUGUGAGCGAAGGAGUUGAAAAUAAAGACCUUGGUAAUAGUCAGUGCCUCAAUGAUGACAAAGAAAAAGAAAAUACAGAAGAAUACUUUCAUGGCUGGCUGGAGCCAGAGACUUUUUUAGUUGCUUUGGAAAAGGUUGAAGCAUGGAUGUUCUCUCGAAUUAUUGAGUCAGUGUGGUGGCAGACUCUUACUCCAUACAUGCAGUCCGCGGCAGCUAAGAGCUCUAACUCUAGGAAAACCUAUAGUAAGAGAUAUACUAUUGGUGAUCAUGAUCAAGGAAACUUUUCUAUUGAUUUAUGGAAAAGAGCUUUCAAGGAUGCAUGUGAAAGGCUUUGUCCUCUUCGAGCUGGAGGGCUUGAGUGUGGCUGCUUGCAUGUGAUAUCUAGAAUGGUGAUGGAACAGUUGGUUAAUAGACUUGAUGUGGCAAUGUUCAAUGCUAUUCUUCGGGAAUCAGCCGAUGAAAUGCCCACCGAUCCUAUAUCUGACCCUAUAAGUGAUUCUAAGGUUCUUCCUAUUGCAUCUGGAAAAUCAGGCUUUGGCGCUGGUGCGCAACUGAAGAAUGCUGUUGGUGACUGGUCAAGAUGGCUUUCAGAUUUGUUUGGCAUUGAUGAUUGCGACUCUCAUGAAGAUAACAAUGAAAAUGAUGACAUAAAAUAUGAAUCCUCCUUCAAACCUUUCCCUCUCUUGAACACGUUGAGUGAUCUAAUGAUGCUUCCUUUCGAAAUGCUUGCAGACAGAUCUAUGAGAAAAGAGGUAUGUCCUAGACUAGGCAUAUCAUUGAUAAAACAGGUCGUCAACAAUUUUGUCCCUGAUGAGUUUACCCCUGGACCUGUCCCGAAUGCUGUUAUCGAGGCAUUGAACAAUGAGGAUAUUGCAGAUGAUGAAGGGUCCAUCUCAAGCUUUCCAUGCACUGCUGGUUCCACAUUCUAUGCACCUCCACCAGCUUCUUCAGUUGUGAGCAUGCUAAAAGAAGUGGGAACCCCUUCACAAAGAAGCGGAUCAUUUAUGCUUAAAAAGUUAUACACAAGUGAUGAUGAACUCGAUGAAUUAGAUUCACCACUUUCUGCUCUUGGCAUGGAUGACUCUAAGAAAAUGUUUGCAGUAGUAAAGGAAGGUCGUAAGGUUGUCCGAUAUGAGCUUUUGAAAGAAGUAUGGAAGAGUAGUGAAUGACAUAUAUCCGAUCAUUAUUUCAUUCUUUUUGUAUAUUUUGUUUACAGUUUAGCUUAUAGUAAAUAACAACUUUUGUUUUGUUUCUUUAACAAUAAGAGUAAUAAUAGUAUUGGCCUUUUAUAAUAA